UAUGCACUUUAUCCUAAAUAAUAUUAAAAAACAAAUCAAGCCUUCUUUUUUCAACGGUAAAUGUUAAAUUUCUUUCGCUGGAGAUUUGACUUAUGUUCAACCUGAAACCCUAGCCCAUUGUUGAUCAAGGAGAAAACUCAAUCGAAGGAAUUCGGGUGAAUAGUAAUGGAGAUCAAUCUAGGGCUUUGUUUUGCAGGAACAGAGGUUUUUUGACAAUAGUUUCUUUCUUUUUUGUUCUUCAAGGUUUGCCAUUUACCUGGUACGUCUCUCUCUCUCUCUGUCGACUAGCUUGUCUUUGUCUUACUGUCUACUGAUGAGUCGAACUUUAACUAACCAUAUAAUCCUUAAAUCAAUCAUAUCUGCAUCAAUUACAGAACAUAUCUUCACCGUCAAUUUUCUAUCGAAACUGACUUUCUCAUCAUCAUCUCUUCAAACACUGACUGACUCUCAAACCAAUUCAUUUUCAAACCCACUUUACAAUUUACUUCCUCAUGCCCAAAACCCCAACAACAUAGUCAAUCUCAUAUGCUCGAAUCUCAAUCAAGACAAAGCCUAUCUUGCCAUUCUUCACAAAGAGAUACAAGGGCUUCUCCCUCAUUUGGGUACUCAUGAAAUUUCUAGGGUUUUGUUGAGAUGCCAAUCUGAUUCAAUUAAAGCUCUUACUUUCUUCAACUGGGUCAAAAACGAAUUGGGUCUUAAACCAAAUGAUCAUAAUUACUGUAUCAUUGUUCACAUAUUGGCAUGGUCUCGGAAUUUUUCUCAAGCAAUGAAACUAUUGUCCGAACUGAUAGAGUUAAGUAGAAAUGUUUCUCCGAGGGUGGAUAUUAUUCAAAGUUUGGUUUUGGGUACCCAUGAGUGUAAUUGGGACCCAGUCAUCUUUGAUAUGCUUGCUAAAGCAUACGUCAAAGCGGGAAUGAUUCAAGAAGGUUUAAUGGCUUUUAGGAAGACAGUGAAGCUUGGAUUUGUGCCUAGUGUGAUGACUUCGAAUUGUCUCAUGAAUGGGCUUUUAAAGUUAAAUUGUCUUGAUCAGUGUUGGGAAAUCUAUGAAGAGAUGGGACGAAUUGGCAUCCACCCAAACUCAUACACAUUCAAUAUAUUGAUUCACGUUUUAUGCAAGUAUGGAGAUGUGGAAAGGGUGAAUAAGUUUAUGUACGAGAUGGAAGAUGAAGGCUUUGAUCCCGAUGUUGUGACUUAUAAUACAUUGAUUGACAGCUAUUGUAAGAAAGGAAGGCUGAAAGAUGCGUUUUAUUUGUACAAGAUUAUGUAUAGAAGGGGUGUGAUGCCAGAUUUGGUUACUUAUACUGCCUUGAUGAAUGGCCUCUGUAGGGAAGGGAAGGUGAGAGAGGCUCAUCACAUCUUCCAUCAGAUGGCUCAUAGAGGGUUGAGUCCAGACAUUGUGUCGUACAAUACUCUUAUCUGCAGUUAUUGUAAGGAAGGAAUGAUGCAACAAUCGAGGUCUUUAUUGCAUGGUAUGAUUGGAAAUGGGGUUUGCCCUGACAAUUACACUUGUCGGAUACUUGUAGAAGGAUACAGAAAGGAGGGUAGGUUGCUUUCAGCUUUAAAAAUGGUUGUGGAGCUUCAGAGAUUUGGAGUUUCUAUCACUCGAGAUAUAUAUGAUUUCCUAAUUGUUGCUUUGUCUCAGGAGUGUCGGCCAUUUGCAGCAAAAAGUCUUCUGGAAAGAAUGUAUCAAGAUGGGCAUGAGCCUAAUGUGGAAAUCUACAAUGAAUUGAUUGAUUCUUUAUGCAAAUGUGAUUAUCCAGAGGAUGCAUUACUCUUGAAAUCUGAGAUGGUUUACAAGGAUAUGACACCCAAUUUAGUUACAUACAGAACCCUUAUAAUCUGCCUGUGUAGAUUAAAAAGAAGUGUGGAGGGUGAAUCCUUGUUGACAGAAAUGGUUGAAUCUGGUAUUCAACCAGAUAUUUUAAUUUGCAGAGCUUUGAUAAAUGGAUUCUGCAAAGAAAGAAAUCUUGAUAAAGCAGAAUCUCUAUUAAGCUUCUAUGCUGAGAAAUUUCAAAUAUACGACACAGAAUGUUUUAAUGCACUUGUUGGGAUUUUCUUUGAGAAAGGUGAUGUUUCUAAGUUGAUGGAGCUUCAGGAUAGGAUGCUGAAACUGGGAUUUACGCCAAAUAGCCUGACAUUUAAGUAUAUGGUUGAUGGAAUAUUUAAAGCAAUGAGAACAGGGAAAACAUGCAUUAUGGGAAAUGAAGAGAGUAAACAAUAUGUUUGGCGGAGAAUGCUUGAUGUUCCCUAGUGUGGUUAUCCAGAGGAUUUAUCUCGUUCCUGCGGCAUAAUAAGUCUGUUAUGGUUUCGGAGUGCCCCUAGUUUAUUGCUGAGGAUAUGCUAAGGGCUUAGGGAAGAAAAGCAUAAUAUAUUAUAGGAAGCAAUGGUGGAGAAUUUCUAAAGAGGAACCCAACUAAUGUCAGUGCUAGCUGCCUUAUGUAUUCCAUCAUGGUUAUUGAGGAUAAGUUGGCUUCUUCGGAGCAAUGGUGGGUACCUCUAAUUACUCCGGUGGUUGAUGGGUAUGGAACCAUAUGAAAGGGCUCCAGCUUUCAUUUAGCGUCUUCCCUGGCUGCCAUUGAUCUAUUUGGAGCUUGAAACCAGUGCUGCUGCAGUAGCUGGACAAGGAAGCUUCUGAUCCUACCUGUCAGAGUUCAGGUGCGAUAGUUAAAAGCAAUUGUUAUUGCUCAUAGGUGCUUCUAUUGGAAAGUGCCUGAUUUACUACAUUGAUGUGUUUUAAAAAGAACCGUUUGCGAUUAGUGAGGAUGAUGCCAUAAGACUAAGUCAAAUGGAAUUUGGAAUCUAGAUUCAAGAGGAUUCAUAGGAGAAUAAAGAUUCCAGUUUUUUUUUACAAUAGUGUUGCACAGAUGAAUAAAAAUCUGAGUUGUAAUUUAGAACUCCGUUUGAAGAGCCUGCUUAGAUUUCUUGUGUUUUUGGGUAUGGUUCAUGUAGGAAAUUCUUACAUUGUUAAAAGGCUGGAAUGGAGUAGUAUGGGUUGAUAUUUUUCUCUC